AUGCGUCAGAUUUUGAUUUCUGUAUUCUUAAUUUCUUUGACAUAUGGAUAUCCGUGGUUCCAGGGGAAAAUUCCAAAUGGUAAUAAAGUGCCUGAUCCCUCUAAUUUCCGAUGGACUGUUAAUAUUUGUGAAAUGGAUUCUGACGGUGACGGUAAGACCAAUGGAGAGGAACUAGGAGAUCCAAAAUGUGAAUGGUACAUGGAAGCAACAAACCCAGUGAUAUCUAACGCCACUGGACAUCCAGGAAUAUGUGAACCCAUGAGUAGUCUUAAAUGCAGAGACAAAAAUGUAGGGAUAUACUGUGACAGUGUUAGUGGAAAAUUUGGCCGAUAA